GCUGGCCUGAUCCGGAUGGAGGAGGAGGAGUUCUUCAUUGAGCCCGUGGAGAAGGGGCUGGCGGACCGGGAGGCUGUGCAGGGUCGUGUGCACAUGGUGUAUCGUCGGCCGCCCAACCCCGGGCCCUUUCCUCUGGCGGGGGUGCAGGCCCUGGACACAGGGGCCUCCCUGGGCGGCCUGGACAGCCUCAGCCGGGCCCUGGGCGUCCUGGAGGAGCGUGUCAACGGCUCCAGGCGGAGGGCACGCCGGCACGCGGCGGACGACGACUACAACAUCGAGGUGCUGCUGGGCGUGGACGACUCCGUGGUCCAGUUCCACGGGAGGGAGCACGUGCAGAAGUACCUGCUCACGCUCAUGAAUAUUGUCAACGAGAUCUAUCACGACGAGUCCCUGGGCGCCCACAUCAAUGUCGUCCUGGUGCGGAUCAUCCUGCUGAGCUACGGGAAGUCCACGAGCCUCAUCGAGAUCGGGAACCCCUCCCAGAGCCUGGAGAAUGUCUGCCGCUGGGCCUACCUCCAGCAGAAGCCGGACGCGGGCCACGACGAAUACCACGACCACGCCAUCUUCCUCACACGGCAGGACUUUGGGCCCUCGGGCAUGCAAGGCUACGCUCCUGUCACCGGGAUGUGCCACCCUGUCCGCAGCUGCACCCUGAACCAUGAGGACGGCUUCUCCUCGGCAUUUGUGGUGGCCCAUGAGACCGGCCAUGUGCUGGGCAUGGAGCACGACGGGCAGGGCAACCGCUGUGGCGAUGAGGUGCGGCUGGGCAGCAUCAUGGCGCCGCUGGUGCAGGCCGCCUUCCACCGCUUCCACUGGUCCCGCUGCAGCCAGCAGGAGCUGAGCCGCUACCUGCAUUCCUACGACUGCCUGCGGGAUGACCCCUUCGCCCACGACUGGCCGGCACUGCCCCAGCUCCCCGGCCUGCAUUACUCCAUGAACGAGCAGUGCCGCUUCGACUUCGGCCUGGGCUACAUGACGUGCACUGCGUUCCGGACCUUCGACCCCUGCAAGCAGCUGUGGUGCAGCCACCCAGACAACCCUUACUUUUGCAAGACCAAGAAGGGGCCCCCUCUGGAUGGGACGAUGUGUGCGCCGGGCAAGCACUGCUUCAAGGGACACUGCAUCUGGCUGACUCCGGACAUCCUCAAGCGCGACGGCAACUGGGGCUCCUGGAGUCCCUUCGGGUCCUGCUCACGUACCUGUGGCACCGGCGUGAAGUUCAGGACGCGCCAGUGCGACAACCCACACCCGGCGAACGGGGGCCGCACCUGCUCGGGCCUCGCCUAUGACUUCCAGCUCUGCAACCCCCAGGACUGCCCCGACGCCCUGGCCGACUUCCGCGAGGAGCAGUGCCGCCAGUGGGACCUGUACUUCGAGCACGGCGACGCCCAGCACCACUGGCUGCCCCACGAGCACCGGGACGCCAAGGAGAGGUGCCACCUGCACUGUGAGUCCAAGGAGACCGGCGAGGUGGUGUCCAUGAAGCGCAUGGUGCACGACGGGACGCGCUGCUCCUACAAGGACGCCUUCAGCCUCUGCGUGCGUGGGGACUGCAGGAAGGUGGGCUGUGACGGCGUCAUCGGCUCCAGCAAGCAGGAGGACAAGUGCGGCGUGUGCGGCGGAGACAACAGUCACUGCAAGGUGGUCAAGGGCACGUUCACGCGCUCGCCCAAGAAGCACAGCUACAUCAAGAUGUUUGAGAUCCCUGCCGGAGCCAGACACCUGCUUGUCCAGGAGGUGGACUCCACCAGCCACCACCUGGCCGUCAAGAACUUGGAGACAGGCAGCUUCAUCCUGAACGAGGAGAAUGCGGGGGACGCUGCCUCCAAGAGCUUCAUUGCCAUGGGCGUGGAGUGGGAGCACCGGGCCGAGGACGGCCGUGAGACGCUGCAGACCAUGGGCCCCCUCCACGGCGCCAUCGCCGUCCUGGUCGUCCCGAAGGGCGACGCCCGGAUCUCCCUGACCUACAAGUACAUGAUCCACGAGGACUCGCUCCACGUGGACAACAACAACGUGUUAGAGGACGACUCCGUGAGCCACGAGUGGGCCCUGAAGAAGUGGUCUCCCUGCUCCAAGCCCUGCGGUGGAGGGUCCCAGUUCACCAAGUACGGCUGCCGUCGGAGGCUGGACCACAAGAUGGUGCACCGCGGCUUCUGCGCCGCCCUCUCGAAGCCCAAUGCCAUCCGCCGGGCAUGCAACCCCCAGGAGUGCUCCCAGCCCGUGUGGGUCACGGGCGAGUGGGAGCCAUGCAGCCAGAGCUGCGGGCGAACGGGCAUGCAGGUGCGCCCCGUGCGCUGUGUCCAGCCGCUGCACAACAACACCACGCGCUCCGUGCACACCAAACACUGCAACGACGCCCGGCCCGAGAGCCGCCGGGCCUGCAACCGUGAGCUGUGCCCCGGCCGAUGGCGGGCUGGGCCCUGGUCCCAGUGCUCGGUUACCUGCGGCAACGGCACCCAGGAGCGGCCCGUGCUUUGCCGCACGGUGGAUGACAGCUUCGGCAUCUGCCCAGAGGAGCGGCCAGAGACGGCGAGGGUCUGCAGGCUCACGGCCUGUCCCCGGAACGUCUCGGAUCCCUCCAAGAAGAGCUACGUGGUCCAGUGGCUGUCGCGCCCAGACCCCGACGCGCCCAUCCAGAAGGCCCCGUCAAGUAACCGCCCCGCUUAUAACUCUGCCUGUGCCCUGCAGUGCAUGCCCUGUGCCCUGUGGAGCUUGCCAUGGGCCCCCCUGCUCUCUCUCUAUGGAAAGCUCCCUUGA